AUGGCGUUUUUGACAAUACAGUUUUUAACAAAUGAACUAUUAGUUUUUGUGUUAUCAGUUAUUUGUUUAAUUUAUUUAUGGUUUCAAUAUAAGUUUUCGUAUUGGGCAAAAAAGGGUGUUUUUGCUCCAAAGCCAAUAUUUCCUUUCGGGAAUAUACAAAAUGUUAUUAAAAGGAAAGAACAAUUCUUCCAGCCUUACUGUGAUAAUUAUUUUAAAUACAAGCAUUUGCCAUAUAUCGGCAUGUAUUGUUUUAACCAACCAGUGCUCAGCAUAAACGAUCCUGACUUGGCGAAACACGUUUUCAUAAAGGAUUACGAAUAUUUUCAAUCUCAUGGAAUAUUUUCUGGGGGAGCUGGAGAUCCAUUAGCCGGUCAUUUAUUUAAUUUGCAUGGUAAUGCUUGGAAGACGUUAAGAUAUAAAAUGUCACCGGCCUUUUCAUCGUGUAAGCUGAAGGGCAUGUAUCCUUUGGUGGAAAAAAUCGCUAAAGAAGCUCUAAAUUAUGCGGACGAGCAACAUUUGAAAGGUGAAGCUAUGAAUUUUUCGGAAUUUUACGAAAAAUAUACAAUGGAAAUAAUCGGAAGCGUUGGCUUUGGUGUGGAAUGUAAUGGUUUACAAAAUCCGAAAUCAGAAUUUUAUCUACGAGGACAUGAGUAUUUCAAUCCAAUUUCGUUAUACUGGACAAUAAUUCGAUGCUUAGCAUUUUUUAUGCCUAACUUUUUUAACAAGCUCAAGAUGAAUCGUAUUAAUCCAGACAUAAUUAAUUUUUUUUACAACCUAGUGAAAGAGACGGUAGCAUAUAGAUACAAGCACAACUAUAAGCGAAAUGAUUUUCUUCAAACACUCAUUGAUUUAAAAGAAAAUUCAAGCAUGAAUGACGAAGGUAUCGAAACACAAAGUUACUUCACGCUUACUGACGUAGCAGCCAACACAAUGCUCUACAUGUUUGCUGGCUACGAGACGUCCGCCACCACCGGACAGUUCGCGGCGUACGAAUUAGCGCGGAACCCACACAUACAGGCCAAAGCUAGGGAGGAAAUAAGGAGAGUGCUCACUAAAUACGGCGGGGAUUGCACGUAUGAGGCACAGAGCGAAAUGGUUUACAUUAACAUGAUACUCGACGAAACAAUGCGAAUGCAUCCACCAAUGCGAGCGUUGUUCCGAAGAUGUACGAAGGAAUAUAAAUUGCCGAAUAGCGAGGUGACAAUCGACGAAGGUACAUUGGUGUUUGUGCCCAUACACGCUAUCCAAAUGGAUCCAGAUAUAUUCCCGGACCCGGAAAGGUUUGAACCAGAGCGGUUUUCACAGGAAAACAAAAAGAACAUGCAUCCCUGCCAUUGGAUGCCCUUCGGUGAAGGUCCAAGGAAGUGUUUAGGUCUUCGUCAAGGAUACAUUCAGUCGAAACUAGCCCUAGUAAAGCUCUUGCACAAUUACGAGUUGUUGUUGGAUGAUCGGACGCAGGUUCCGACGGAGAUCAAGGUCUCAUCACUGGCUUGCGCGGCGGAAGGCAGCGUGUGGCUGCGACUUAAGAAGUUACACGGGUAGACUAGUCUUAUUUAUAUAAAACCUCUUUU